UCAUAUGACCCGCACGGCUUCCUGGCCCGGCUGCCGCCGCCGCCCGCGUUCGCUGUCGCGCCGGGGCCCGAGGAGCCGUUGGGGGGUCCGGGCCGAGGCCCGCUCGCGUGGAAGCCGCCGCCGCCGUCCGCCCGCCCGCGCGUCCGCCCCCGCGUCCCAGCCGCCAACAUGCUGGCGCUCAUCUCCCGCCUGCUGGACUGGUUCCGCUCGCUCUUCUGGAAGGAGGAGAUGGAGCUGACGCUCGUGGGGCUGCAGUACUCGGGCAAGACCACCUUCGUCAAUGUCAUCGCGUCGGGCCAGUUCAGCGAGGACAUGAUCCCCACGGUGGGCUUCAACAUGCGGAAGGUGACCAAGGGGAACGUCACGAUAAAGAUCUGGGACAUCGGAGGGCAGCCGCGGUUCCGGAGCAUGUGGGAGCGGUACUGCCGGGGCGUCAACGCCAUCGUGUACAUGAUAGACGCUGCAGAUCGUGACAAGAUAGAACCCUCUCGGAACGAACUGCAUAACCUUCUAGAUAAACCACAGUUACAAGGAAUCCCGGUGCUAGUCCUUGGAAACAAGAGGGAUCUCCCCAACGCCUUGGAUGAGAAACAGCUCAUCGAAAAAAUGAACCUGUCUGCCAUUCAGGACAGAGAGAUCUGCUGCUACUCGAUUUCGUGCAAAGAAAAGGAUAAUAUAGAUAUCACACUUCAGUGGCUUAUUCAACACUCAAAAUCUAGAAGAAGCUGAAAAGCAUCUCCUGAAGUCUUCCAGUCCUUCCUGGCUAUAAUCCUAGAAUUAUUGUCCGUUCCUCCGAAGUACUUCCCAGAACACGGUCCUUCCUAAACCCAGGAAAUCGCCUUCCCCCGAGUUUGUUUCUCAUGUGCACUGCUGAAGACGUGUGUCUCUAACCCUCCACACAGAACCCAGAGUCCGCCCGCGUCGUCAUGGUCAAGCCCGCACACAGAGCUGCCCACACACGCUCGUCUCUCUCCGUGUGUGGAGCUUUUUAAAAACAUACUUUUGACCAUCUCAAAUCAAGAAAAUUGCAUAUUUCUGUUCUGGUCUUUCUGGGCCAGAUUUUUAUAUUGGUUUUUGGUAAGCGUCUAUCUACGAUAUUUCAUUAUAGAGUCUAGUAGCUUAACACUGGUCCCGACCUGAUGCAGCAUGGGGUUUCUAGCGCCACACGCGGCGUUUGGGAAGCCCGUGGCUGAGUCGCGGGGGGUAUAGGUGCAGCGUUUGCAUCGCCCACCGGUGCACGCGGGAUGUCUGACCGGGCACCUUAGCAGCUUCAGAAACGGCCGCGCGGUGUGAGCGGGGGCACCAGGUCAGAGCUGCCGGCUCCUUGCGCGGGUGUGGUCCCACGUGGUGGGGUUUACAACGUUCUGCUUCCUGAGACUUCCAGCCCGCCCCCCGCCAGGGAGCAGCGGGGGCCUGAGGAAGGCAUGCUGUUUAUAUCUGCCCAGAUCGUCACUUCUCUAUUUCUUCUUCUUUUUUUUUUUUUUGCUGGUUCAACACACUUUUUGAGGGUUUGGGAACGGAAGAGCCCCGCAGAAGCUUUAUGAGUUGAGAGCGUUCCGGCCAAUGCAAUAAAGCGUGUUCAGAAUGUCCGACUCGGCUCUUUCCGUCUCCACCGCUCGCCCGGCCUCCUGCGUCGGUCACGGGGCCGACUCACACUGCGCAGACACUCGUGCGCAGAAAGCCCGUUUCUGUCUCACUGGUGGCAAGUCCGGCGCCCUUGCGCUUGGUGCCGCUGGACACAGUGACCCUUGUGACACCUGGGGACCGGGCUGCUUUGUCCGACACGGCCAGCGGAGGGCCUGCCAGCUGUUCACUGCGCGAGACCAAGGGCCUGCGGCGGUUCACUGCGACCUCCGGGAGACGGGCACGGGCACGUCCCCGAGCCCGCUCCGGAGCUGAAUGGUCUCCAGUCCCUGAAGGGGCGUGUUCCCGCUGGCACAGGUGUGCUGGGGGUUCACAAGGCCUCGGCAGUGGGCGUGAGUGGGGCUCGCCCACCUCUGGGCGGCCCUGCACGCCUGCAGCCUCGCCCCUUCAGUUCCGCCGGGCUCCUGCGGGCUGUGCUGCUUCACACAGGCGGCAAGCACUCGAGGUGCAGCCAGCGGCGAGUCCCCGCGGGCACCCGCUGCCCUUUGCAGUCUGCCACAGCCACAACGCUGGCAUGCGUUGCACAGACACCGCUGGUUUUCCUCCGGCCCCCUUGUGAUGAGUGUCUCGGCCCCCCCCAUUGUGUCCCCCUUCUUUGAAGCACGUCACAUGCUCCCCGAGAGGGCGGACGGCUCUGUGAGUCCAGGGACGAAUAAGCUGGCUGCCGCGGCUCAGCCCCCGGAGCGGCGCCGAGCUGGUGCCUGAGAGGAGGAACCGGGACUGGACUGCGUGACUGCAGGGACCACAAGGGCCCACGACUCGACCUGUAGCCCAACCUCAACGCGCCCGUGUGUCCAUCCAUUGCCUGCAGCGCUGCGGGACGUCCAGAUGCCGCCGUGGCCGCUUCCCUGCGCGCUAACCUCUGCAUGUGAAAACCUCACCAUGACCGAACUCUGUACAUAUGUGGAUUUUUUUAUUUAGGUGGAUGCAUUUCUGUCUGUUUACUGCUCUUCUCAGCUUUAUUCAAUAAACUUGCAUUUUGAGGGUUGUAUCGACA